AGGGACCUAAUGCUAAUUCUAAGCGUAAGAGAAAUGUGACAAUAAUUUUGUAUUGUAAUAUGUGUUUCAGACGAGACCCAUUUUGAAGUCAACGUAACCAUGCCGGCGUUCUUCAUGGACACGAAUGACUACAUACAUGGUUACGUCACAGCCAAUUAUAUCGGAGGAUCCCCGGUGUCUGGAAACCUGACUUUAACAACAAUUGUGGAAUCAUUAAUCAAGGGGGAUGUCAACAAUGUCAGGAGCUUCUCUCAGUACCCACAGCUGCAGCAAAGUUUCGAUGCUUUUGUAGGCUUAACAACAUACCGUUUCAACAUCUGGGAACUGGCUCAGCUUGUUUCCAAGUUGGAGAACUCCAGAGUUCGGGUGACAGCUUGUGUAGGAGAACCUGUGCUGGAUCGAGUGAUGUGUGGGUUUGCGGAGACCAUUAUCUUUAACUCCAGCAUAAAACUUCACUUCCUUGGCUCAUCUCCACAAGUUUUCAAACCAGCCAUGCCUUUUAAGGCUUAUCUUGUAGCGUCUUACCAUGAUGGAUCGGAACUUCCUCCAUGGCGUUUGUCCAGCCAGAAACUGGACAUCAGGCCUACAUUGACCAUGACUAACGGGAUCUCCCAGGAGUUAGACAUCAAACACGAGCUCGUAUCGCCUGUACGUCCGGGACUUUGGGAGCUGGAGUUGGACUUAAGGACUGAGCUAGGAGGAGAUAUCUUAUUGAACACAGUUAGGACACUAAAGCUAGAGGCCGAAUACAAAGACGAAACUGGAGAACGAGCGAAAGCUAGCCUCCUUGUUUAUGCUUCCUACUCUCCUACUGAGCGCCAUCUUCAGGUGACUACUAGUACUAAAAGUGCAAAGGUGGGUGAGUUCAUUAUUUUCCACGUCAGAGCUGACUACUAUGUAGAAGAUUUUUCAUAUGUGGUUAUUUCCAAAGGAAUUAUUUUAUUGACUGGGCAGGAAAAAAUGGCAUCCAGUAUCAAAACUUUUGCUGUGGCUGUCUCACCUCAAAUGACGCCCACUGCUACAAUAGUAAUUUACAAUAUUGCCCGAGAAGGUGUAGUCAUUGCUGAUAGUCUGACAUUUCCAGUCGAUGGAUUCUCCAGAAAUAAUUUCACAAUGAACUUGAAGAAGAUUGGCAAGAAUGAUGAUAUCGUUGAAGUAAGUGUUAGUGGUCAACCUGGCAUGUACGUCGGUAUUUCAGCAAUUGAAAAAACUCUGUACAGUAUGCAGAUGGGCAGUGAACUUAACCACGGGGAUGUAUUGUACAAAAUGACAACUUUUGAUGAUGAUGAUGCCAAUGGAACCUUAAUGCAUGUGUGUCACUCUAGAGAGGGAGAACCCGAUGAAAUAUUACGCUUUCCAUCUUCAACUUAUGGCAUUGACACCAACAGGACUUUUGAGUUUGCUAACUUGAUCGUGUUUACAGAUGCUAAUGUAACAAAACAACCAGAUCGUUGUGACAAUAGUGGUUAUGCAACUUGUUUGGAUGGAAUGUGUUAUCCAAUCAGAAAGCAAUGUGAUGGGCAGUAUGAUUGUACAGAUGGUUCAGAUGAGAGUGGAUUUUUUUGUGGGCGCCCUCCUAGAGAUGAAUUAAACCUGGCACUAUUUAGGUUGCAUCGCGUGAGUCGAUUGAAGCGACUUUAUGAGAACUCAUGGUUGUGGAGAAACAUCAUCAUUGGCUCUCAGGGUUACCACAAAUUUCGUGUUUCAUUGUCCAAUGUCCUCACAAAUUGGGUAGUGACAGCCUUUGGAAUGAACAGUGACACAGGUUUUGGAAUUCAUCCUGCACUACAGUUUUCCAGUAUGAAGUCAUUCUUCAUGAAUAUUGAAAUGCCAGAAGUAUGUAAAGAAGGGGAACAGAUUGGAAUCAGGGUGACUGUUUUUAACUACAGGUCAAAGGAGACUGAGGUGUCUUUAAGUGUAGCCAGGUCACGAGACUACAGCUUUGUUACCCUGGAAACUUAUAGCUCACAGGUUGACCAGGAACAUCUAGUAAAGAUUGCUCCAGGAAAAUCUGAAGUAGUGUACCUACCAAUAGUGCCAGUUCGAAUCGGAGAAAUAAAUGUUACAGUUAUGGCCAAGACACAAGAUUUUAAGGACUUAAUCACUCGUAGACUUCAUGUAGAGGCUGAUGGGAUUCUUCAACAUCAUCAAACCUCAUUGCUUGUGGACCUAACUCAAGGGGCCUACCUUAUCAAAUACUUAGACACAAACAUUAGUGAACCACACUUUACUCCUGGCCAGGAGUGUGCAGGUGAUGUUUUUGGCCCUACCUUCCCAACUGUACCUGUAAACACUACAACAUUGCUCCGGAAACCUUGUGACGGUGGGGAACAGAACAUGUUUAAUUUUGCUGCUAACUUAUAUACCCUUCUGUAUCUGCAUCAGACUGGACAGCAAAAACCAGAAGUGGAGAGGAGAGCCAUUCAUUACUUAAAUAUUGGUUAUCAGCUUCAACUUAGCUACCAAAAUGAAGAUGGAUCGUUCAGAAUGUUCCGGUGGAAUGAUAAACCCAGUGUUUGGUUAACUGCCUUUUGUAUUCAAGUUUUUCACAAAGCAGUUUUGGAAGAAUGGAAAAAUUUCCUUUUCAUUGAUCCAACAGUAAUUUCCAAAGCUGUCAAGUGGUUGUUGAAUUACCAAUCACCAGAUGGUGGGUUCUUUGAGACUGACCUUUUUCCUUACGACAGGAAAAUGAAUUUGACAACAGAAAGACUUGGUGACAUUGUACGUCAUAGAAACAUCUCUCUUACAGCUCAUGUGCUUAUCACGUUGUUGGAAGUGAAAGAUUUGGGUGGGGCUCUUGGAGCAAGAGCUACUACGAGCAGAACAGCAGCACAGAGGUACUUGGAGAGAACACUCCAUGUUGUUAAGAACUAUGAAGAUCCAUUUGAGUUAGCUAUUGUAGCCUAUGCAUUGACCCUUUCUCGUAGCAACAGUAGUGAGGAGGUAUUUAAUCUUCUGGACUGGAAGAUGAGAGAAUCAAAUGGAAUGAGGUAUUGGGCAGUUGAGCCCGUUCCCCCUCCUCGGACUAUGGUUGCAAACAAUCGCCCAUAUCUUUUACCCAAACUACUGCAUAGAUAUGAAGCCUCAAGUGUGGAAACAACAGCAUAUGGUCUGUUGGUACAUGUGGCAAGGCAAGCUGUCAUUCAGAAGGACAUUGUUAGAUGGCUUAUUGCUCAGAGGGCACAUGAUGGAGGAUGGGCCUCCACUCAAGACACACUUCUCUCCAUCCAAGCACUGACCGAAUACACUGUACAUUCAAGACAGAGAGAGGUUACAGACAUCACUAUCAUGGUUGAAGCAUCGUCAACUCCGGGCUUUGUGAAACAGCUUCACAUUGAUGACAAUAACCUUUCAGAGCUGCAAAGUAUCGAGAUACCUAAUGCAUGGGGAGCUGUGAUUGUGAAAGUACAGGGAUCCGGACUGGCCACACUCCAGUUAUCUGGUCAGUAUCAUGUGGACUCAACCAAGUUUCUGGCUUCACCACCAGUGAGAGCUUUCUCUCUUUGGGUGCAUGGUCAUUUCUUUGGCCAAAAUAGUUCAGUUAUAACAUUCCAGACUUGUCAGAGUUGGACCAACCUUGCUGAAAGUCAUGCGAGUGGUUUAGCAGUAUUAGAAAUGGAUAUCCCCACAGGAUAUACAAUUCCCCAACUAGAACUUGAUAACUAUGUUAGGUCUGGUCAAAUUAAGAAUUUGCGACAAGCAAAGUACAGGAAUAGAAGGGUUUAUUUCUACUUUGAUUAUCUGAAUUCUUAUGAAACCUGUGUUUCAUUCACUGCACAUCGAUGGCACCCAGUAGCAAACUUAUCUCGACACUUGGAAGUCAAAAUUUAUGAUUACUAUGCCCCAGAACUGUACAACCAGACAAUCUAUGAUGUAUCCAACCUGAACUCAUUGAAUAUCUGUGAAGUUUGUGGCUCAUACCAGUGUCCAUGUGUUCUAUUGUCUAGCUCAUCCACCGAUAUUCAUCUCGGUCAUCUGGUUUUAGCUACCAUUUUAGUGUGUAUUCUCUGGACACUGUAACAAAUGGCUUAGAGAAGGUGUGAACAAAAAAAAAGUUGGGGAAGUACCAUUUCAAAGAGACCAAUGCAAAUAUAGAAUAGGUGCAGUGGUCUAAUGAAAUAAUGAAACCUUUCUGUGCAGUGCCUUCUCAGGUUUGUAGAAGGCAAUAAUACAGCCUGUUGAUCAGAUGUAUUAACCAGGCAAGAAGCUAGCAUACUGGACAAAUAUCAUGCCAACACUACUUCUCUGUGGAAGAGUUUGAUCUGACCUUGUUUCGUUCAACAUUAAAAACCUAUUUGAUGUCUUUAGUUUGAAUUCAGUAGACUCAGUGCCAUAAGAAAAAAAUUAGACUUCAAAAAACUUUUUCAGUAUCGAUCUUGAAUUGUUAAUUAAGAGAAGCUAUUUACACAAGGAGUUUUUAAUAACAUUUCAAAUGAAGAAAUAUAUAUAUAUCAAACCUAUGAAAGUCUCUUUGGGUAGAGCUUUCAAAAUCAAAUAAGAACCAUAAAGUAAAUAUGUUAUAUACCUUGUUUGUUGGAAUGCUGCAAAGUUAAAUCCAGAUAAAAAAUUGAAUCAAAACUUGUUGUAUAUUAAUUAAUAAAAAAAUAGAUCACUAUAUAAGAACGUUCAAUAUCUCAUUUUUUAGGAAAUUUUUUUAAUAAGAAUAAAAAUAAUCAAAAUGGCUGUUAUUAUUAUGCAUACAUAACCUAGAACCACAAACAAGUUUUUUGUCUUUCUUUCAUACUAAAACUUGGGUAUUCAUUGGACUGUGAUGGUAUUCUGGUUAUCAUUAUCUUAUUUAUUUGUUGCUGUGUAACUUAUAUAAAAUAACUAAGAUAUUAACUUGUACUAUAAUGGAUAGAAUGUACAGCUUAAUUUGACAUAUUAAAUAUAUGUGUAGUUAAGAUCUUUAUACAGUAGUUUAGAUAAUAUA